AUGUUUCCGACCGCAGUAGAGGAUGCUUUCUUCUGGAACCGCGUGUUUCGCUUCCAAGACAAGCGCAACACACACGACAGUCCUAAGUCCCUGGGCACACACGGCGUCUUGCACUGGGACGACGGGUGGGACACGCUCGGUACAGGCCAAGCCAGCCUAAGCAGCCCAGCCCAGCACCUCACACCUCAACCCGGGCGCCUAUCAUUUGUCCGCGCGCUGGACCUCACCUAUGGGCUCUCGCAUAGGCACAACUCUCCACACGUUCCGUCGUCCACCACCAACCUUGCCCGGCCUGCUUUCCCUUCCCCGUCCCGUACCUCGCCAGCAAACCAACACCUUGCCGGUACCUCACCUCACUCUGUCACCUGCGUACCACCCCCGUCUCCACACAGCGACAGCACCCCGACCUGA